AUGAAUCUGAAGUUGCAAUUGUUUUGCGGACAGUUGUUUUGGAUAACGGCGUUGAGUGCGAAGAAUAUUGAAGGUGUCCCGGGUUACGGCAGAAACUUGAUUAUUAAGGCUUUGCCGGCUAUAGACAAUUACCAGAGCAAUGUCUAUGAAGUUAUUAUGGAGCCUUACCUAUAUGGACUUGGCGGACCAUACCAGUUACCCAACGAACGCACGGAAAAACAAAUUGAUUUGGCUGAGGCUACAAUACCUGGUCUCCGAGCUAUUGCUUAUCUGCAAGCGGAUCAAGAUUCUGGGGUAACUGGCCAACUGAUAUUUAGGCAGUUGGUGCCAAACGGUCCAGUGGUGAUCGAAGGCAAUGUCACAGGACUGUCUGCGGGUCUACAUGGGUUGCAUGUGCACCAAGUUGGGUCAAUCAAGGAUAACUGUCAGGACAUCGGCCCACAUUUUAUAGCGUACUAUGGUCGCCACGGGGGACCGCGCGACAACAUUCGCCACGUCGGAGACCUCGGCAAUAUAAAAGCUGAGGAGGAUACGCUCAAAGUCAAGAUAUUAGACCACCUGAUAUCCUUGGCUGGCCCACGGUCCAUUGUCGGACGAUCGAUAGCCAUCACUAAGAGCGAGGAUGACUAUGGCCGUGCUAGUACAGAAGACAGCGCGCUGACUGGUACUUCGGGAGCAGUUAUUGCUUGUGGGGUUAUUGGCUAUUUGAACUAA